UAGCAUGUGGAUAUUGCUGACUGUGAUCAUUGUCCUAGGGCAUGUAAAUUCAGAGGAAGUCAACGACAAGACAGAACAGAAUCCUGAACAAUUUAUGAAUAUUAGUGAGAGAAUCCAGUACUGGGGAUAUCCUUCAGAAGAAUAUGAGGUCCUUACGUAUGAUGACUAUUUUCUGAGCCUGAACAGAAUUCCAGGAGGCUCAAAAGCUGCUGUACUGCUGAUACACUGUUUGGAUAUGGAAGGCAGCGUUUGGGUAGCAGACCUGCCUGAUAAUAGCCUGGGCUUCAUUCUAGCAGAUGCUGGAUAUGAUGUGUGGAUUGGAAACAGCAGAGGCAACUCCUGGUCUAGAAGACACAAAUUCCUUACAAUUGACCAACAGCAAUUUUGGGAGUUCAGCUUUCAUGAAAUGGGCAUCUUUGACCUUUCUGCCAUCAUAGACUUUAUUCUGCAGAAAACUGGACAACAGCAAAUCUAUUAUAUUGGCCAUUCUCAGGGAAGCAGUAUAGCUUUUGUAGCAUUUUCUGAAUUGCCUCAGCUGGCUGAAAAAAUAAAGAUUUUUUUUGCCUUGGCACCCUCAUAUAAUUUGGAAGGCUCUGUAAGUCCCCCGAUGCAGCUGCUACGUUUGCCAGAGAUAUUGAUAAAGCUUAUAUUUGGGAGGAAAGAAUUCUGCUUAAUGAAUAGGAGACUGAAAGCGUUUGUUGCCAAACUGUGCGGCUACCAACCAAUGAACUAUCUCUGCAAACAAGCUCUUUUUCUAUUUUCUGGGUUCAAUGAGAAGAAUUUAAAUCAGAGUCGGUCAGAUGUCUACAUAUCUCGAUUCCCAGAUUAUACCUCUGUAAAAAAUAUUCUUCAUUGGAGCCAGGUAGCUAAAUCAGGGGAAUUCCGAUAUUAUGACUACGGCUCAGGGCUGGCAGAUAAAUACAACGAGACUUCUCCUCCCUUGUACAGGAUAGAAGAGAUCACUGUUCCAAUAGCAGUAUGGCAUGGAGGCCAGGAUUGGAUUUGCCAGCCUGUGGAAAUUGACGCUUUGUUACCACGAAUCACUAACCUCAUCCAUCAUGAAUGUUUCCCUGACUGGAACCACUUUGACUUCCUUUGGGGACUUGAUGCUCCUCAGCGUUUGUACAAAGAGAUCAUUUACCUGAUGGAGAAACACCUGUGA